AUGGAACUCAAUCCAGCACCACCUGUCUAUGAACAGGAUAAGAUCGCUGAACGCAAGGAUGUGCCACAAUUCGUGGAGGAGGGCCAACUCAAGGCUGGCGAGGUGCACGAUGCCUUUGGUAACGAGGAGUAUGCUGAGAUUAAGUACAAAACCUUGAAGUGGUGGCAAUGUGGCUUGCUCAUGAUCUGUGAGUCAGUGUCACUGGGUGUGUUAUCACUACCCUCAGCCGUCGCCACUCUCGGCCUCGUCCCUGGUAUCAUCCUGAUUAUCGGCCUCGGCGUUCUUGCAACAUACACUGGCUACAACAUCGGCCUCUUUCGCGAACGUUACCCUCACAUUCAAAACCUCGGCGAUGCUGGCGAGAUCUUACUGGGCAAGUUUGGCCGUGAGCUCUUCGGUACUGGCCAGUUCCUCUUCUGCAUCUUUGUCAUGGGCAGUCACAUCCUCACCUUCCGCGUCAUGUUGAACACCCUUACCAACCACGGCACCUGCUCCAUUGUUUUCAGUGUCAUCGGCAUGGUUAUUUCUCUCGUCUUGUCUAUCCCCCGCACGAUGAAGGGUAUGACUUGGAUCUCGUUUGCAUCAUUCCUCAGUAUCUUAAGCGCUGUCGUGAUCACCAUGGUUUCCGUGGGAGUUCAAAGUCACCCAGAGCGUAUCAUUCACGCCACCGUCGAUACCAACCUGUACACCGCGUUCCAGGCUGUUUCAAACAUCGUCUUCGCUUACUGCGCCCACGUCGCUUUCUUCGGUUUGAUUGCCGAGAUGGAGACGCCCCAGGAUUUCAAGAAGUCUUUGUUCAUGCUCCAGGGCUUCGAGAUCUCCCUCUACCUGACCGCAGCCGUUGUGAUUUACUUCUACAUCGGCACGGAUGUGCAUUCUCCUGCCCUCACCUCCGCAGGACCCCUGAUGAGCAAGAUUGCCUACGGUAUUGCUAUCCCCACCAUUGUCGGCGCCGGUGUCGUCAAUGGCCAUAUCGGCCUGAAGUACAUCUAUUUCCGCCUCGGUUCCAAGUCUGGUUUGAUACACCAGAACAACAAGCGUUCCAUCAGUCUCUGGAUUGGUCUUGGCGUGGCUUGCUGGGUUGUGGCGUGGAUCAUCUCCGAGGCCAUUCCUGUCUUCAGUGAUCUGAACAGUUUGAUCAGUGCCCUUUUCGCUUCCUGGUUCAGCUACGGCCUCUCCGGUAUCUACUGGCUUCACCUCAACCGUGGCUCAUGGUUCGCCUCUCCCCGCAAGAUCGCCCUUACCAUCCUCAACAUCGCAAUUGCUUGCUUUGGUUUGGCGCUGUGCGUUCUUGGGCUGUAUGCUUCUGGCACGGCUAUUAGCAAGAAUUCUAACAGCAACAGCUUCAGCUGCGCCAACACCGACACUUAG